AUGGCUCAAUUCUUAGGAAAAGGAAGUCCGCGUCCUCCUAAAACCAGCAAAAUCGGAGAUGAAGCUAUUCCUGAAACUUUCAUCAUCUAUGACUACCUGGAAGCUAAAUUUCCUAGUGUGAAGACUCAACAUACUGGUAAUGCUUACAAAUGGGCAAAAGAUCGAUUGUUUGCAACUCGCAUCUCGCAAAAUUUGGCACCUAAAAUUGGUGGACUUGUCAAGGAACCUGAAAAAAACUUCAGUGAAAUUGCUACCAAAUUGAAGACUGUUAAUUCUAUCUUGAGUAAGCGUGGCACAGAUUAUAUUGGUGGUUCAAGCCCAAACUAUGCCGAUUAUUACCUUUGGGGCUGGGUUGAAUUAAUACCUGCAAUAAAAGCUGCCCAUAAUUUGAAGUUUGAUUUGGAUCGUGAAGAGUAUAAACAUUACUGGGCAUGGAUCUCUCGCAUGGAUAAGAACAAGCACAUUGAACAAGAUCGUAUCGAUCGCAAAGUUAACUUAAAGUUACGUACUGAAUUUUUCAAAUCUGUCAUUGCCGGAAAACCUAAUGUACUCGUUGGAUUGUAA